CAAUGUGGAGAAAGCGGAGGACAACAAUGAUGGCGAUGGCGAUGGCUAUGAUGAUGAUCACGAUGCCUUCAUCGUCAUUAUCAGCAUCACCAACACCUUCUUCCUUCUCAGCAGCGCCAUCAGCGCAUGAAGUUGAGAACACACUCCGCAUCAUGCUGAAGGAUAAGGAUUCGGACUCACUGAUUCCUGACACAGAGAAGAUUCACACCAAAGUCGGGCAAAUGUUCAAGGUUGAGCUUCAGAGCUCGCCGUCUACGGGGUUCACGUGGGCGUUGGACGGCCUGACUUCUAUGGACAUGGGAAAUCCCUUACAGUCUGUGAGGACUGGAGCUUCGGCUGCCAUCAAGGAAGUGUCAAGCAAGUUUCAAGCGUCAUCUCAAAACACCAAGCUGGGAGCUCCUGGCUUCCAGAGUUUUGUCUUCGAAGCGACGAAAGCAGGAUCAACUAUCAUCUCCUUUUCCUACCGAAGGCCCUGGGAAGAAGAUUCUCCUCCCUCCCAACAAGUGAUUAUCGAAGUGAGGGCGGCGGCGGACAAAGAGCUUUGAAGCUCUUCUUUCCAGUUUAACGCAGAGGCAGCGAACGUCAAGCUUGUUUAGACUACAGUGAACGAGAUGGAGUGG